AUGAAUUCGAGAUUAUCUUUUCUUCUGAUCUUGCUCUUGAUUAUAGUUCCUCAAUCAUUUCAAGGUUCCAUCUUCAAAACCUUCUCAAGUACUCUCACUCCCAAAUCUCCUCCUUCAUCACUCGUCUUCCCUCUCUCCGGCAAUGUCUUCCCCCUCGGAUAUUACUCGGUCUCUGUUCAAAUAGGAAGUCCUCCAAAGACCUUUACUUUUGACAUUGAUACUGGUAGUGAUCUCACUUGGGUUCAAUGCGAUGCUCCUUGCACUGGCUGCACUUUGCAUCCUUCACUUCAGUACAAGCCUAAGUCAAACACUGUCCCGUGCUCAGACCCGCUCUGCUCAGCUCUUCACUGGCCUAAAAAGCCUCACUGUCCAGACCCAAAAGAACAAUGCGACUACGAUGUUCACUAUGCUGAUCAAGGUUCAUCAAUGGGUGUACUUGUCACUGAUCAAUUUCCUUUAAAACUCAUGAAUGGAUCGGCUUUGCAACCCCACUUAGCAUUCGGGUGCGGUUAUGACCAAAGCUUCCCUAGUGCACAUCCUCCGCCGAUGACCGCCGGGGUUCUAGGGCUUGGGAGAGGAAAAAUCAGCUUCUUGACGCAGCUUGUCUCCGCGGGACUAACGAGAAACGUUAUUGGACAUUGCUUGAGCUCUAAAGGUGGAGGCUAUUUGUUUUUUGGAGACAGUCACAUUCCUUCCACUGGUGUAUCAUGGACACCAUUAAUGUCACAAGAAAACCACUACACGACUGGACCAGCCGAGCUUCUUUACAACGAGAAGCCAACAGGUUUAAAAGGCCUUAAACUCAUCUUUGACACUGGAAGCUCUUACACUUACUUCAACAGCAAGACAUACCAAACAAUACUAAAUCUGAUUGGAAAUGAUCUGAAAGGCAAACCGCUGAAGGAUGCAAAAGAGGAUAAGACUUUACCAAUCUGCUGGAAAGGAGCUAAGCCUUUGAAAUCUGUUCUUGAAGUCAAGAACUUGUUCAAGACUUUAGCAAUCAAGUUUAUGAAUGGAAGAAGAAACACUCAGCUCCAGAUUCCACCUGAAUCUUAUCUCAUUAUCUCUAAAACUGGGAACGUUUGCAUGGGAAUUCUAAAUGGAACUGAAGUAGGAUUACAUGACUCCAACUUAAUCGGAGAUAUCUCUAUGCAAGGGAUUAUGAUGAUUUACGACAACGAGAAGCAACAACUCGGAUGGGUUUCCGCAGAUUGCGAUAAGCUUCCCAAAUCAUGA